AUGGCUAUUGAUUAUCGUAGAUACGCUAUGAUGCAAAUGGAAGAAGAUAUAAUAAAAAAGAAACAACGCAGUGACUUCAUGGACGACAUUGACUAUGCGCUCGAAUCAAUGAAGUACAUGCAUGACAUGCAAAACGGCAAAGCCAAGAUUCGUCCGGUUGUUGAGCGGAAGCAACCCGUUGUAGAAUACUAUUGGUGGUGUCGUAUCGAUCGAUUCGAAAAAGUCAGCAAUAGUGAAUGGACAGAAAAUGAUGGUCUAUACCUGUAUAAUGCUUAUCUAGACACUCGACAAAAUUCGCUCUAUCCAUGGAAUGACGCCAUUCAGAUUCUCUCCAUGUCAUUUCGUACGCUACGCCAUAAAGUUUACUGUAAUAUAUAUGAUGAGAAGCGCUACGCUGUAGUCGAAGGCUACGUACGUGAAAUUUGGCAACGCGGCUGGGAUCCGAGAGAUCGCUUUUAUAUCCCAAAUUUAAUCACAUGUCCCAUACCGAAGCGCUUCAAAUCGUCAAAAGAGUUGUACGUAUCGAUUACUUCUGCGGCGUGCAGCACGCAACGCACAGCCAUGCGCGUGCGCAUCGAUCGAUCAAAGCGUAAGAAAGAUGCAGUGGCUGUUUGCGUCAAGGGAUUAGAUUUUCAGACAGACUUAUCUGUAAGACUCGUGGAAUGGCUGGAAGCACAGUAUCUUUUCGGAGCUUCUGCCGUAACCAUUUACAAGUAUACCGUAUCUAAGAAAAUGGAUCGGGUACUGGACCAUUAUGAAAAAUUAGGAAAACUGACACAGAUUCCUUUGACACUUCCUGGACAUUCGCCAAAUUUGCCUGUGGUGAGAAGCGAAUAUAUUGGAAGAAAUCGUCAGCAGAAAAGACGUCAUGAACUGAUACCGUAUAACGAUUGCCUUUAUAGGCACAUCCCCACUCAUCGCUACAUCUUAAUACUUGACAUAGACGAAGUAGUUGUGCCUAUCAAGCACAACACCUACGCCAAGCUUAUUGACGCAAUCGAAGCAAGCACAAACAAAGAAAAAAUUAGUUCGCUCUCGUUUUCGAACGUCUUCAAAUUUCCCGCCAAGGAGGAGGAUCAGGAUCGAUCCCGUCCUGAGCAUAUGUUUAUGCUUCGAAAUAUAAUGCGAACUCGAAAAACUAGUAAUCGUAGAAAUUACGGGAAAAGCAUGACGAACACGGGUACUGUAGCUUCAGUAUUCAACCACUUUGCAUUGCACCGCCUGUCGGGAAAAAUCUCACCCACGAUGUAUGUGCCAGAAAAACUCGGGAUAAAGCUGCACUACAAAUCUACCUGUCCCAUUGAGGCCCAAAAGGACUGCGAUGAACUGCAAAAGGAUACUGUAAGAGAUCAUAGCCUAGAUAGAUUUGCCGAUGAAUUGGAACGACGUGUAAAUCUGACUCUGGCUGAGCUAGACUUAUUACAACAUCAAUGA